AUGUUCUUCUCCACCUUACCAGUAUCACGUGACGUAAACACUCUUCCUGACCAGAUCGAGGUUUUGUCGUCACCUUCAACAAAACCAAGGGAUCAACCAUUCCAUAUGCAGCUUGAGGAAUUGGGGCUCCAGAACCCAAUAUCUGUCGGCUACUAUGACCCUUUUAGCAUAUAUGCUCUGGUGAAAAAUGAUCUAGAGGCAAAGUUUCCCUUGACCAACCUCCACUGGAAAUACCACCCACUCAAGCCAGUGAAGCUGAUUCCCGUGCUUCCUGUGAAAAUGGUUGAGGAAGUUCCCCACAGAGCGAGCAAAGCUAAUCAAGAAGAUGUUCACGAAAAUAUUUAUUUGCGGCUAAUUUUCGUGAAGGCUGAUAAUCUUGAAAUUUACAGAGCUCAAGUGAGACCAUUGAUUCAAGCAUGGCUCACUGACUUGGUGGAAGCUAAAAAAGUGAGUUGGGCAAUUGUGCUCUUCACGCCCACCUCUCAAAAGGAUAAGUCGCUGUCAUUGAUCAAAAAGUCAAUUCACGAUAAGUUGGUGGUUGACUUUGGGAAGAACGGGAAACACCAGACAAUCACCACGCAGAGCGACUUGGAGGAAGUUCCGCUAGAAGAUGAUGAGCUUGUUUUUCGAAUCAAGGAGCUGUACAGCAGUGAUACUGAGAAGCUAGAGACGUACAAUAACAUGGCCACUGAGUUUAAAAACCUUAUAUUGAGGACGUUUGAUAGGCGAUACAACUCUUAUAAUGAAGAGCUUGACAAUUUGAGUGAGACGAAAAAUAAAAAUUCGGAAGCCUUGAUUCGACAAUUGUACUUCAAGCUCAAACUAAUGGACAUCGUGAGUGAUAUGAGAUUUCUAGACGAGUCGUUGAAGUUGUAUGAAUCGAUCAACGAGGACUUGAAGUUGGCGCUCCAAGCUGCGGGCCAUGCAUUCAAAAAAAGCGACCAUGCUACGUUCGAAUCAAUGAGAAUGCAACGCUUCAACACAGAGAAAGCAACGUUAUCGCGUGAUCUACUUGCUCAAUUCAACGCGUAUAUAUCGCAAGGCGUUCCCGUUAAUUUACAACUCACUAAAUUCAACCUAUUUCUUGGGGCGUCUCUCUUGCUACAAUCCUUGGCCAAUUCUGCACCGGAGUUAUCAUUAUCAUCGAAAUACAUUCUGCAUCUUUUCCAAAGAGUCAUCAAUUUUAUCAACGAGAUUCUUGAAUCUCAACAGGAUAGCUUUGAGACACUCGAAUGGCUCUUCUCUUUAACGGAUCAUUACUUGAAAUUGCAACUCACUAAGAAGCUCGUGGAGCGGGGCUCAAGUGAGGAAUCAAACGCCAUUAAUCCUUUAACUGGGAUUCUUGAAUACAUGGGCGAACUCAGGCUCUUGCAAAGAUUCAUCGCUGGGCGAAUCGCUUCUCUCAAGGGCCUCGAUCCCCCGGAUGUAGGAUACUUGUUUGAAGAAGUCAGCCUUGAUGAUGGUAACUCUGCUUCCAACUCAAAAUCUCGUGAAGUAAAAUUACACAACGAACCCUUAAGAAAAGCUCUUGAAAGCCAACAAAGUUACGAUUCGUUUUACGAGGAGUUGACAGUGGCAGUCAUUCAAGAUUUUGCCAAUUGCGGGAGGGGUAAAACAGUUGAUCUUCUCAGUGUCGAAUUGGCUGUCUUGCAUUAUAAGAAGCAAGACUUCAAACAAGCCUACGAGAUAUUGCUCAACUCAUAUGAAUACUUCAUUGAGAACGGAUGGAGUUUCAUGGGAGGCUUGCUUCUCGAGAUUUACAUAAAUUGCCUAGAGAAGUUGGAUUCUGGUGACCAUUUGCAUAUUCUCGAUACUAAUAUGAAGUUACUAUCAACGUUCAAAGAAGAGGCAUCGAAGGUGUCUGACAUUAACAAGUACAACAUCGUCAAAGGUGCAGACCGAAGAAUGAAGCUUCUAAACCAUGUAUACGAGAUUGCGCCGAAAGUUACAGAGCUUGUUACCUACCCCCUUGAAACACUUUUUAACUCGAGCCUUUCUCCCUUCAUUGAGUCAGUGAAGAACCAGAGCGGUGUCUACAAAAUGGACCUUGAGAUUACCAAUAACCUAGCCAUAGAUUUGGACUUGGAAGUACUAGCCUUGGAGUUGGAGGAGCUCUCAACGUUCACUCCCUAUCGUAUCACUUUCACGGGCAAAGAUAUCAAACUUCUGUCUUCGCCAAAGCAAGUUGUAUCACUUUAUACAAGUGAUUUCAAGCAGACUCACUUCAAGCCCUCAAAAUUGACAUACAAACCUCGAAGCAACCUCGAAUUCAUUCAAUUGUUCCAAGAUCCCACGACGGAUCAAAUUGAUGGCAAUGGAACAGUUGUUCAUAAUAAAAGCUUGACCAAUGUUGUUCCGGAAGAGGCGAAUACUGCCAACUCUUUGGGCAUAUCCAUACCAGUUCCGGCUGAUCAGACUGAUAAUACAAUUUACAUGUAUGGUGACUCAAGAUUUCUUUGUGCCAGCUUUCGAGUUUCCGAGAAAAUUGAGCUUAAUGCUUCGGAAAUUGAAAUAGUCAUCAAUCUGGGUAAUGAACCAGUCAAAGAUGUCAGAGUCCAAGUUCAAGCACUCGAUUCUGGAGUCGCCUUGACGGAAGAGUCUAAUAGCUUUUUACUUUCUUUAAUAGGUGCUCAUGAAACACAUAUCCAAAGAGUGCCUUACAAAUAUUUUGGGGACAGCAAAGUACUAAGUUUUGCGGCCUCUAUCACAUAUAGCAUUGGCAAAGAACAACGAAAGCAUUUCUUGCAAGAUGCCGUGGACACCAGUCUAAGAAUUCUGAUCUCAGUCCAGGAUGUAUUCCGUGCUGAUUCCAUCUACUCGAAGUUUCAGAUUGGGUGUGCUCACACAAAGAUGCCUAUUCGAGUCACCGAUGUUGACUUCAGAUGUAAUGAGAACAAGUACGUCGUUGCCACUCUGUCGUGCGAUGUAAAGGACAGUAACCCCCAUGUGGUGUUUGGAGAGCAGCCAGCGUUUAUGUUCUAUCGGAUAACGCCCCAUCUGGGUAAAGUUGCAUCUUCCGAUACUCUCGACCUAACCAUCAAGUACUCCAGUCUACAAAAAGAAUGCGAAGCCCUCAUUAUCGGGCUACAUGAAGAUUACUUCCAGAGUUUUGAACUUCAACAAUAUUCGAGCUUGUUCAUAGAGUUGGUUGGGUUGUUGCAAUUUGAACUUAAUGAAUACGCAUUGAGCAAUGUGAUUCAAAUUAAGAACGUUGACUUUUUCAAGUCUCGCUUCAGAGAUUCCAUUGACCGUAAUGUGAGAUCGGAGAAGGACAAAGCCGAAUUGAUCUGCUGCGUUGAUGGUAUUGUCAAGGAAUGUAUCCAAGUGGAGGAACCGAAGUUCGUAAAUCAGGAGCUCUAUAUACCCGUUGCUGUGCCAGUCUUAGACAUUCUUCAUGCUGUUGAGUUCUCAUACACGAAGCAAACACAGUUCCUUGUUGGAGAGCCCAUCGAAAUGAAGCUCACUAUAUCAUCGACAUUCAAGUGGAGCGAAAUGAAGGACUGUGACGAAGAGGUGCUUGCAUCAUCGUCGCCGGCAGGGAAACGAGUGGAGGCGAAGUCGCAGAAAUACCAAUUCGUGAUUCAUCACGAGGACAACUGGCUAUUGUCCGGAUUGAAAAAGCACGCAUUCACGGUGCAGAAGCCGAACAGCAACGCCGAGUUUGCAUUGACGCUCAUCCCUCUCAACGUGGGCAAGCUCCCACUCCCUAGAGUCACCAUCAAGCCACUUGAGGAGGGGAUAAUCCACAGAGUGCCGUCCACGGAUACGGUACACGAAAACGGACUAGAGACAGUCUUGGUGGUGCCCGAGCUACAAAGCAUUACAUUUUCUUUUUAA